AGAAAUGCUAGCCAGCUUUCCGUUCAGUCUUGGGUGCCUAACUAAUCUAACUAGCGCGCAGCUCUUCAUUGAUGCGUGAUUGGACUUCACUCCGAUCCUUUGCUUGUGCGUAAUCCCGCGUGCGUAGUCUUUCUCACAGAAAGUUCCGCUAAUAGUGCCGCCUAGAACGUCGUUUACGGUCAACACUCUCUCGAGUCAUAACUACACUACAUCCUAUACACAAAUGCGGCGUCAUCUCUUAACGGGGACGUCGUUACUACUGCCGCUCCUCACCGCGCUUCUGCUGUGCCACGCUGCGGAAGUUUCCGCAGAAGCAGUAUCCGCAGCGGCGGGACUUCCGCUCCCCCGCGCGUUCCGCGGUGGGAUAUUGCGGACUCUGCGGACACGCUUCCGCGGGCUUGCGGCGAACCGCACUGUGAAAGCGAUAAGCCGCGAAGGCCGGAGCUGCAGUAGAGAUUCCGCAGCGGAGGGCGGUGUGGUGCGGGGAUAUGCGGUGCUGUGCGGUGACGAUGCGGUAGAGGCGCAGGGGGAGGAGGAGGAGGAGGAAGAGGAGAGGUGGAGUAGAUUGGGGGGAGAUACGGAAGCGACCGACGGUGAGGAUGCGGGGAGGCUAACAGGGGACGGUGAUGCCGAGCGCACGCCCGAGGCGAUCGAGGGGCAAGGCGCGACAUACAGUGGAGAGGGGGAGGCAGGUUCAGGGGAGGGGGAGGCGCUGCCCUCAGUGUUUGAAGGGCCACAGCUGCCGCAUGUAGAUGGGCUCGUUACUGUUACAGGAGUUACCAGCACCGAGACAGACGAACAGGAGGAGCAGCAGGAGGAGCAGGAGGAGGAGGCGGAUGAGGCGGAGGGGGGAAGCAGGCGGAGCCGAAGGCUAUGGGGCGUAACCGGGCCUUACAGUUACAGUCCAUCCCACAGGUCGUCCCGGCACCAGCAGUGGCAGCAGCAGCUGCAGCAGCAGCGGGUGCAGAAACAGCGACGGGUAGAUGCCUUUCAAAGCAAGCAGCAGCAGCAGCAGCAGCAGCAGCAGCAGCAGUUGCAAUGGCAGGUGCAGGGGAAGAAGGGCAACGGAGCAGCCCCCGAGUGGGCGGUGCGGGAGCAGCAACGGUGGGAGCGGGACCAGCGGCCGCAGACAGCGGAGGAGAUCCAAAUGCAGGAGGCGCACUGGCGGCAGCAGCAGGCGCUGAUCGCCCCGCGGCUGCGGCAGUGGCGGCAGCAGGCGAAGCGACUGGUCAAAGCGAGCCGAGCCAAGGAGGCCGUGUGGGCGGCAGAGGCGAGGAGCAAAUGGGCGGCACAGGCGAGGGCCAUGGAGAGAGAGGAGAGAGAGCAGGGUCGGACAGGUCUGUUUGCCCAGGGGGAAGGGGUAGCUGAGGCGCAGGGCGUUGGGGAGGGGGACAGCGUGCGGGGGGACGGGGAUGCGAGUGGAUUUACUACUCGCACCGCGGCCGGUGGGACCGCAGGGGCCCCAGGAGCCACAGGGGCCACAGCGGGCGGUGGGCGGUACGCUGUGAUGACAGCGGACGACCUGGACGCCAUGAUGCCGGGCGGCACACUGUCGUGGCAGCGCCUUAAAGCCACCACUGCUGCCGUCAGCCCGCAAGGAUCCGCCAACCUCAGGAGAGACAAGAGAGUCGCCAGCCCCAAGGCAGCUGCCAGCCCGUGCUCGCCACGGCACAGCAGCCCGGUGAUCAAGGUGUUCUCCUCGUCCGACAUCGCCAAGCGCACGCGCUACUCCCCCUCGCAGACCGUCACCCUCGUCCUCUACCGCUCCAUCUCCCUCUCCCGCGGCCUCCUCUUCGGCUCCAACUUCUCCUGCACCAUCUUCCGCUCACGCACCCUCCCCUCGCGCCUCUCCCUCGCGCUCUCGCGGUCGGACGAGCCGGUACUGCGCGUGCACAACGCCAGCAACAUCCUGUUCAUCGGCAUCGGGCUGAGGAGCUCCGUCAAGAACAGCUCGCCCUUCUGCGAGUCGCUCCCCGAGUACGGCGCCCUGAUGGGGUACGAGAUCAUCUGCCCGGCACUGCACAUCUACCGCUCCUUUGGGAUUCAGUUCACACAGGCGCCGGUGCUGGGCCGCAUCGACGUGUUCCGGUCCGGAUACACCAAGCUGGACUCGCUCUUUGUGACGGCGCCGGGGACGUAUGAGCGGUCGCCGGGGGUGAUCCGCAUGGGCAUGUGCGGGCUCGGAAUGAACCUCACUUCCUCUAAGAAUGUGAUCACCAAUAAUGAUGUGUUCGGCGCCUGGGAGCUGGUGAACCUUUACCGCGGGUCCAUCGGAGUGAAGGUUCACAAUAAUUUCCUGCACGAUUAUUUGUUUGCGGGGUUCCGGUGCGGCGCGGACGUGCAUUAUUCGUGGGACUGCAUGCUGACGUCGGUGAAGAACAACUUUGUCUUCACGCCUCAGUCCAAGGGCCGCCUGACGUUUGACUCGGCGGGGAUCUACUUCUGCACGCACUGGUUCAACCCAGGCAGCACGGUUGCCUGCAACUAUGUGAUAGGAGGAGACCACUGCUACUACCUGGACUACUGCACAUCAGGGGUGGACAUAACGGGCGGCGUGUGCGCGCAGCUGUGGGACGGGGUGAAGCUCAACAAUGGCAAGCGCAACAAGAUCCGCAGCCUGCUCAUGGUCAGCCUGGGGCAGAGCCCCGGGUACAUCACGUGCCUCACCGUCACCAUCAACCACUGCGGGAAGGACCCCGGGACAUACUGGGAGCGCAUGCGGCAGCGCUACUACAACUCGCCUGAGAUCAACAAGCUAUGGCCGUGGAUGAAGCAUGUGUGCCAACAAACCCGCAUUGGCUCCCAGUCCUGCAACCCCAAGGGCCACCAGGCGCUCACCUCCAAGCAAACCGGCGCCUGCAGCGGCCUGCCCACUGAAAACGACGUGGAGCUCAUCGCAGUAGAUGCCGACACAAGCCGCUCGGACGAGUACCGGUACUGUGGGAGGGUGCCGGCCGCCAACAAGGUGAAUCGGCAGGUGCUCUACAGGUACACUGGUGAUGAAAUGCAGUUUAGAGAUUAUAAAAAUGGGGAUUACGGGGUAGAAGCGGGCUCGAUAGUGUAUAAGAAGCAUAAGGGGUUUGUUUCGUGUCCCAGAGGGCGAGUGGGGAUCACACCGGUGUCGGUCCAGACGUACUACAAGGACUGGAACAUUCCGGCUCCUACCUUCUACAAGAAGAUGGUUGCAUUGUCGUACAAUGUGAUAUACAAUAAGGAUAUGUAUUAGACCUGUACCAUUCUAUUCUAUUCAUUGACGUGUUUAGGUAGUUAUAUCUCUACUUCAUGUACCUUUUUUUUUUCACAGCUCUACCCUUCACCACGGACUUUGUUAUGUUGUUUACCUUUGCUACACUCAGCAGUUUAGAUGAUAUGACGCAUUAC